AUGGUCAAUGGUCAAGUUGGAAAUGUGGAUGUCACGGAAAUUCUCGCACAAUUCGCACAAUUGUCGGAAAUGUUUCGAACCACAUUGGAAGCGGUGACAAGUCAACAAAGAGCAAGUGCUGGUGGUGAUGGUGAUACUACAGACGGACGAGGUGAAGCACAUCGAAUCAAUAGUCUAAAUAGCCGCACACCAAAGUUCGAAUUUGACAUGGAGGAUGGAAAAACGUUUGUAAAAUAUUGGACUCGAUAUGGAAAUAUAUUUGAGAAGUCGGAAGCAUCGGAAGAAUCAAAACGUCAAGUGUUGUUGGGAAAAUUGGAGGAUGAUGUAUAUGAUCAAUUUUCAGCAUCCGUGGCGCCAAAACACCCAAAUGAGUUGAGUUUUGAAGAAAUUGUGAGUUUGUUGAAAAAUAUGUUUGAUACUCAACAAUCUUUAUUUCGUAAACGAUUUGCUUGUAUGACGCUGAGAAAAACCGACGAAUCACCACUCGCCUUCACCAACAAAGUCAACGAAACCUGUGAAAAAGCUCAACUCGCCGAUAUCAAGAUGGAAGACUGGAAAUGUUUUUUCUUUCUUCGAGGGUUGGAGAAUGCUCAGGAUGUGGAUAUGAGAAAUCAUCUGCUUGAUUUCAUGGAUUAUGACAAGGAAGCACCAAAGAAAACGAUCAAGGAUUUGUAUGAAGAGUGGAUGAGAAGACUGAGUUUGCGAGCUGAUUCGGAGAAAAUCGGAGGUCCAUCAACUGUCCAACAAGUUCGUGCGUUCAGCAAAAAGAAGUCGAAACCGAAUCUCGUCAAGGAUGCUCGAGAUAAUGAAGGUCAAACUCGAAAUGGUCGUCGUGUAACCAAAGAUUUGUCAAAUGUUGAGUGCUGGAAUUGUGGAAAAAUGGGACAUUAUUCGAGAGAUUGUCAGCAAGUUAUCAACCAGGCUAUUGUGCAAUGCGGAAACAUUGGGUCGAAUAGAUUGUUGUUGGAUGCUGAAAUUGAUGGGAAAAUGGUGAAAUUCCAACUGGAUACGGGUAGCGAUCGAACAAUCAUAAGUCGAAGUGAUUGGGUUAAGAUUGGAUCGCCGAAGCUCAACCAGAAAGCUAGCCGGAUUGUAUGUGCAAAUGGUAGUGAGUUGAAGCUUUUGGGAGUUUUCAAGGGCAAGAUCAACAUCAAUAGUGAUUGUUGCGAAGGAAAUGUGCAUGUUCGGGAACAUGGUACUAACUUGCUUGGCUUGGAUCUCACCAGAUCAUUACCGAAAAUGAGUGGAUUAUUGGAUCUUGUGACCAUUGAAGCCACGAAAUCAGUCGAAAUGGUAGAAGUGGAGAAGAAAUUGGAUGUCUUCGAGGAAGAAUCGCAAAUUUGCUUGCAAGUAAUAUCGUUGCCAGAACUACCAGAUGCCGGAUUCGAAGGUCGAGAGACAGAAUCGGUGUCAAAUGAGUUGUUAUCCGAAACUUCGCCAAAUGUGGAAGAUUCUGGGAGUUAUGUUCAUGUUGAAUAUGUUGGAUCGGAAUCUGGGUUAUAUUUUUGGGUCGCAGUUGACGCCGAAAAUGGUUGGCAAGAAGUUCGUUUGACGGAGUCGAUCUCGACUCAAGCGUUAGUAUCAUUUCUGAAGUCCAUUUUCGAAAAAUGGAAAACCCAAAUUUGUUGUUUCAAAUUGUGGAACUCAGUUCGUGUCGGAAAUGUUUGCUGAAUUCUGUGCUGAUUUGGAAAUCGAGCAUAUCAAAAUCAAGUCUAAUAGUUUGUCGGAUCGUUGUCGGGACACAUUUCAUUUUUCAAAUUCUUUGAAAAAGAGGGAGGAGAUGGUGUCUAAAAUUGUUUUGGACAAAUUGAUUGAUUAUCGAUCGACACCUGGAAGAAUUGGCUUGAGUUUUGUUGAAAGGAAAAGGUUGAAAAUCGAAUUGGAUUUGCUGAGUAAAUCGAAACGUGAGUUAAAUGGCCGGAAUUUAGAGAAAAUUGAAUUGAACGGGCUUUUUGACAAAAUUUGUAAAAUCGGGGUCAAGUCGGUUGAAGUUGGUGAUACUGUCUAUUUGGAGAAGUAUCGCCAGGAUAAGUGUUUUUGGGAGAAAGCUGUGGUGCUAAAGUCGUUGGGACCCAAAAGUUGUCGAGUCAGACAAAAUGGAAAAAUCAGGAAAGUUAAUUUUGAUGAUUUGUUCCGAGAUCGAAAGAUCAAGGUUUUUGUUAAUUUAGCAGUUGAUAAAUUCUUUGUUUCAGUUAAAAGUCGCCAACCAAUUCACACUUCUCAAUUUCAUGUAACUCAACCUAACAUCCGUCCACCUUCAAUUACUAAUAUUUCAACAUUGUCAAACCAUCGCAAGCCGUCAUUGUCAAUGUCUAAUCCAAAUGUUGUUUCGUCACAUAAUCCUUUGUCGUCUUCAAAAGUUGUAUGUAUGCAUGUUGAACGCCGUUACGCAAGUUUGAAUGAUAUUUGUUUGAGACCCAGUAGGAUCCCCACCCUUUGUGUUUUUCCUGGUUGUGAGAUUAAGGCUUGUCCACCCGAGUCAUCGGACACCGUGUGCGUGAAUAACAAAAGUUUUAAGUCAAGAUUGAUUCUUAAAAAUCCCAAAAUAAAUUCCGCACCUCCGAGCCGCCAAUCCUAUUCCGAAGAUCGAGGACCCGCCGAGAAAGCCGAAAAUUCACAAUAUCCAUUCCAAGAUUAUCAUCAAGUCAAUCAUGAUGAGUCAACUGAUCAGUGA